AUGUUUACCAACAAGCUGCUGACCCUGGUGCUGGUGGUGCAGCCUGGACGGAUGCUGCUGGGCAUGAAGAAGAGAUGGUUCGGAGCAGGGAAGUGGAAUGGGUUUGGUGGCAAUCUGAGGCCUACUAUCUAUUUUUUUUCCUACUCUGAACUGCAGGAGGAAAGUGGCCUCACAGUGGAUGCACUUGAUAAGAUUGGAAAAACAUUUGAAUUCAUCGGAGAAACGCUGCUUGAUGUGCAUGUUUUCCGAGCUGACAACUACAACGGGGAGCCAACAGAGUCAGAUGAGAUGAGGCCGCAGUGGUUCGACUCGGACAAGAUACCCUUUGGUCAAAUGUGGGUUGACGAUAUUCUGUGGUUUCCACUGAUGCUUCAAAAUAAGUUCUUUGGCUACUUCAAGUUUUAUGGUCAUGACUUGAUCAUCGAUCACAAGUUAGAGGAGGUAGAAAAGCUUUAAGACCGACUACUGACCUCGGACUCAUUCAUACUGUAUCAAAGAGCAUUCCCACAUGUUGUCUACCUGAAACAUCCCUGGAGAAAUACUGCAGAGUUCCUACUGAUUCCAGCUACCCUUGUUCAUAUUCAGUGCCAAGAAAUCCCCAGGUCUUUGUAGAUUUACAAACCCUUUGUUGCCAGUGACCAUAUGCCUGUGAAUCAGUCAAAUUAAUUCCCACUGAGCCAAAACCUAAAUACUGGAUGUGUAAAUGUUGCUGACACAUGUAUCCCAUUCCACUGUGUUUAUAUUACAUUUCUAAAGUAUGUGCGAAUGCAGUGUGCUCUUUAGUAAAGUAUGCACCUCUUUUUUGUUACUUCAUUUUUUGUUACUUAAUUAUUUUUUCUUGGGCCUCUAUACUAUAUCUAUUGGUUUUUUUUUGCGAAUUGGAUUGAUCCCCCCCCUACCACACGGAACCCCACUAAUCCUACCGACGGAAACGCGAGGUGGCUAAAAACAGACCUCCAUCCUAUGCUAGCUUGCUACCGAUGGCCCGGGUAGCUGUCUGAAUUGCCGUGACCCUAACCAACCUCACUACUCACUGGACCCUUUUGAUCACUCGACUAAGCAUGCCUCUCCUUAAUGUCAAUAUGCCUUGUCCAUUGCUGUUCUGGUUAGUGUUUAUUGGCUUAUUUCACUGUAGAGCCUCUAGUCCUGCUCACUAUCUAUACCUUAUCCAACCUAUUAGUUCCACCACCCACACAUGCAAUGACAUCUCCUGGUUUCAAUGAUGUUUCUAGAGACAAUAUCUCUCUCAUCAUCACUCAAUACCUAGGUUUACCUACACUGUAUUCACAUCCUACCAUACCUUUGUCUGUACAUUAUACCUUGAAGCUAUUUUAUCGCCCCCAGAAACCUCCUUUUACUCUCUGUUCCAGACGUUCUAGAUGACCAAUUCUUAUUGCUUUUAGCCGUACCCUUAUCCUACUCCUCCUCUGUUCCUCUGGCGGUGUAGAGGUAAAUCCAGGCCCUGCAGUGCCUAGCUCCACUCCUAUUCCCCAGGCGCUGUCUUUUGAUGACUUCUGUAACCGUAAUAGCCUUGGUUUCAUGCAUGUUAACAUUAGAAGCCUCCUCCCAAAUUUUUUUUUAUUCACUGCUUUAGCACACUCUGCCAACCCGGAUGUUCUAGCUGUGUCUGAAUCCUGGCUUAGGAAGACCACCAAAAAUUCUGAAAUGUUCAUCCCAAACUACAACAUUUUCAGACAAGAUAGAACUGCCAAAAGGGGCGGUGUUGCAAUCUACUGCAAAGAUAGCCUGCAGAGUUCUGUCCUACUAUCCAGGUCUGUACCCAAACAAUUUGAACUUCUACUUUUAAAAAUCCACCUCUCUAAAAACAAGUCUCUCACCGUUGCCGCCUGCUAUAGACCACCCUCUGCCCCCAGCUGUGCUCUGGACACCAUAUGUGAACUGAUUGCUCCCCAUCUAUCUUCAGAGCUCGUGCUGCUAGGCGACCUAAACUGGAACAUGCUUAACACCCCAGCCAUCCUACAAUCUAAGCUUGAUGCCCUCAAUCUCACACAAAUUAUCAAUGAACCUACUAGGUACCUCCCCAAAGCCUUAAACACAGGCACCCUCAUAGAUAUCAUCCUAACCAACUUGCCCUCUAAAUACACCUCUGCUGUCUUCAACCAAGAUCUCAGCGAUCACUGCCUCAUUGCCUGCAUCCGUAAUGGGUCAGUGGUCAAACGACCUCCACUCAUCACUGUCAAACGCUUCCUGAAACACUUCAGCGAGCAGGCCUUUCUAAUUGACCUGGCCGGGGUAUCCUGGAAGGAUAUUGAUCUCAUCCCGUCAGUAGAGGAUGCCUGGUUAUUUUUUUAAAUGCCUUCCUAACCAUCUUAAAUAAGCAUGCCCCAUUCAAGAAAUUUAGAACCAGGAACAGAUAUAGCCCUUGGUUCUCCCCAGACCUGACUGCCCUUAACCAACACAAAAACAUCCUAUGGCGUUCUGCAUUAGCAUCGAACAGCCCCCGUGAUAUGCAGCUGUUCAGGGAAGCUAGAAACCAUUAUACACAGGCAGUUAGAAAAGCCAAGGCUAGCUUUUUCAAGCAGAAAUUUGCUUCCUGCAAUACUAACUCGAAAAAGUUCUGGGACACUGUAAAGUCCAUGGAGAAUAAGAACACCUCCUCCCAGCUGCCCACUGCACUGAAGAUAGGAAAUACUAUCACCACUGAUAAAUCCACUAUAAUUGAGAAUUUCAAUAAGCAUUUUUCUACGGCUGGCCAUGCUUUCCACCUGGCUACUCCUACCCCGGUCAACAGCACUGCACCCCCCACAGCAACUCGCCCAAGCCUUCCCCAUUUCUCCUCCCAAAUCCAGUCAGCUGAUGUUCUGAAAGAGCUGCAAAAUCUGGACCCCUACAAAUCAGCCGGGCUAGACAAUCUGGACUCCUUCUUUCUAAAAUGAUCUGCCGAAAUUGUUGCCACCCCUAUUACUAGCCUGUUCAACCUCUCUUUUGUGUUGUCUGAGAUUCCCAAAGAUUGGAAAGCAGCUGAGGUCAUCCCCCUGUUCAAAGGGGGGGACACUCUUGACCCAAACUGCUACAGACCUAUCUAUAUCUAUCCUACCCUGCCUUUCUAAGGUUUUCGAAAGCCAAGUCAACAAACAGAUUACCGACCAUUUCGAAUCUCACCAUAUCUUCUCUGCUAUGCAAUCUGGUUUCAGAGCUGGUCAUGGGUGCACCUCAGCCACGCUCAAGGUCCUAAACGAUAUCUUAACCGCCAUCGAUAAGAAACAUUACUGUGCAGCUGUAUUUAUUGAUCUGGCCAAGGUUUUCGACUCUGUCAAUCACCACAUCCUCAUCGGCAGACUCGACAGCCUUGGUUUCUCAAAUGAUUGCCUCGCCUGGUUCACCAACUACUUCUCUGAUAGAGUUCAGUGUGUCAAAUCGGAGGGUCUGCUGUCCGGACCUCUGGCAGUCUCUAUGGGGGUGCCACAGGGUUCAAUUCUUGGACCGACUCUCUUCUCUGUAUACAUCAAAGAUGUCGCUCUUGCUGCUGGUGAGUCUCUGAUCCACCUCUACGCAGACGACACCAUUCUGUAUACUUCUGGCCCUUCUUUGGACACUGUGUUAACAACCCUCCAGACAAGCUUCAAUGCCAUACAACUCUCCUUCCGUGGCCUCCAAUUGCUCUUAAAUACAAGUAAAACUAAAUGCAUGCUCUUCAACCGAUCACUGCCUGCACUUGCCCGCCUGUCCAACAUCACUACUCUGGACGGCUCUGACUUAGAAUACGUGGACAACUACAAAUACCUAGGUGUCUGGUUAGACUGUAAACUCUCCUUCCAGACCCACAUUAAACAUCUCCAAUCCAAAGUUAAAUCUAGAAUCGGCUUUCGCAACAAAGCAUCCUUUACUCAUGCUGCCAAACAUACCCUUGUAAAACUGACCAUCCUACCAAUCCUCAACUUUGGCGAUGUCAUUUACAAAAUAGCCUCCAAUACCCUACUCAACAAAUUGGAUGCAGUCUAUCACAAUGCAAUCCGUUUUGUCACAAAAGCCCCAUAUACUACCCACCAUUGCGACCUGUACGCUCUCGUUAGCUGGCCCUCACUUCAUACUCGUCGCCAAACCCACUGGCUCCAUGUCAUCUACAAGACCCUGCUAGGUAAAGUCCCCCCUUAUCUCAGCUCGCUGGUCACCAUAGCAUCACCCACCUGUAGCACGCGCUCCAGCAGGUAUAUCUCUCUGGUCACCCCCAAAACCAAUUCUUUCUUUGGCCGCCUCUCCUUCCAGUUCUCUGCUGCCAAUGGCUGAAUGAACUACAACAAUCUCUGAAACUGGAAACACUUAUCUCCCUCACUAGCUUUAAGCACCAACUGUCAGACCAGCUCACAGAUUACUGAACCUGUACAUAGCCCACCUAUAAUUUAGCCCAAACAACUACCUCUUUCCCUGUAUUUAUUUAAUUGAUUUAUUUUGCUCCUUUGCACCCCAUUAUUUUUAUUUCUACUUUGCACAUUCUUCCACUGCAAAUCUACCAUUCCAGUGUUUUACUUGCUAUAUUGUAUUUACUUUGCCACCAUGGCCUUUUUCUCCCUUCUCACCUCAUUUGCUCACAUCGUGUAUAUAGUCUUGUUUAUACUGUAUUAUUGACUGUAUAUUUGUUUUACUACUGCUUUGCUUUAUCUUGGCCAGGUCGCAAUUGUAAAUGAGAACUUGUUCUCAACUUGCCUACCUGGUUAAAUAAAGGUGAAAUAAAAAAAAAGGUGGAAUGACAA